AUGCUCGCCCGUAGCUAUGUUUGGUGGCCUCAGCUAACACAAGACAUUGAACAUCUUGUCAGAAGCUGCAGUACGUGCCAGUUGACGCAAAAUGCUCUACCCAGUGCACCACUACAGACGUGGGGUUGGCCGACUCGCAGAUGGCAGCGAAUUCACCUAGAUUUUGCUUUCACGGACAAUGAGUGGUUGUUGGUGCUUGUUGACGCCCAUUCGAAGUGGGUAGAGGUGUUUGUGAUGACGUCAACAACAGCGGACAAGACCAUCGAAAAACUGCGGAGUGUCUUCGCAUCGUAUGGGCUUCCGGAAGAAGUGGUUACGGACAACGGGCCCCAAUUUACCGCAAGGACCUUCGCGGACUUUUUGCGGAAGAACGGAGUGCGUCAUACAAGGACUCCACCGUACCAUCCGGCCUCGAACGGGAGCGCCGAGCGCUGUGUGCAGACAGUCAAGCGAGACCUGCUGCGCCAGCUUCUCGACGAGAGAAAAACAGGUGUCAAGAAACCCUUACAGCAUCGGGUCGACCUGUUCCUUUUCAGGUAUCGGAACACGACUACCGCUACUACGGGGCAGACACCUGCGGAGCUGUUUCUCUCGUGGAAACCUCGCACACGUCUGAGCCUUCUGCAACCAAGCCUGGAGGGUCGCAUGCACGAGCGGUUCUCCAGGGCGAAGAGGACAGCAGACGAACGAAGAGGCCCGUGGACAUCGUUCGAAGUGCAAGACCGCGUUCUAGUACAAGGUCUUCGUCCUGGUGACGCGAAGUGGUUGCCGGGCGUUAUAGAAAAGCGGUGCAGUGCUUCCACCUAUAUCGUUUGUGUGGGACAAGAAAACAGACUUUAUGCCGGAGCCAUCUACCACGAGGUCUCCCCUGCCAACGACGGAGACCCCGAGCCCUGCAGCACCAACACCUGA